AUCCUGGAGGGGGAUCUGCGCUCGCAGACUGCCAGCCAGCGUCCGGCGCCCGCCGCCCUGCGGGCUGAUGGGCACUGCUGAUGGUUCUUCAGAGCUCAGAGGUCAUACUGCAGUGUUUCUAUCCUGGGAAUACGGUUGGUUGCAAGCUGGGAGGCAAUGACACGGACCCCAAGGCCCUCGGGAUGUGGCCCACCAUUUAAUUUAAAGACGCCGCAGAAAGAAUGAGGAGUGAGGAGCUGGUGGUCAGCAUGGAAGAGACCUGCGGGCCGGACGGUGCUGCAGCACAGGGCCUGGCGCCUCCCGGCCGCCUGGGGGCGCCGUACUCCGAGGCAUGGGGGUACUUUCAUCUGGCCCCCGCGCGCCCUGGGCACGCGUCGGGCCACUGGGCCACCUGCCGGCUCUGCGGAGAACAGGUGAGGUGCAGCCCCGGCUUCCACGCGGGGACCCCGGCGCUGUGGAAGCACCUGAAGAGCGCCCACCGGCGGGAGCUGGAGAAGAGCGGCACCCGCCGCGAGCCGCCCGCCGUACCCCCCUGCCCGCAGCCGCCCGCCGCCCCCGCCGCGGCCGCCGAGGGCGACUGGGCGCGUCUGUUGGAGCAGAUGGGCACGCUGGCCUUCCGCGCCAGCCGGCGGGAGCGGGAGCUGGAGCGGCGCGAGGCGGCCGUGGAGCAGGGCGAGCGAGCCCUGGAGCGGCGGCGGAGGGCGCUGCAGGAGGAGGAGCGCGCGGUGGCCCAGGCGCGGCGGGAGCUGCAGGCCGAGCGGGAGGCGCUGCAGGCGCGGCUGCGGGAAGUGAGUCGCCGGGAAUGCGCUUUGGGCCUGGCCCCAGCUCCGCUGCAGCCUCCACUCAAAGAGGAACUGGACGGGGAGAAGGACGACUACAUCAUAACCAAGGUUCUCCUGUAGAGGUAGGUCACAACCAGCACUCCGUGCCAGCGCUGUUCCAAGGAUGGUCCUUACCUGCGUCUCCGGCAUCACCCAGGAGCAGAACUUGAGGCUCCGCUGCACUUCUCCUGAAUCAGAAUCUCCAAAUGUGGGGCCGUCUCGGUGUGAUGCCCUUGGGAAGCCAGAGCAGAAGGAAAACUCUCUUCCUCUCUCUAGUCACCUGUGGGUGCCUGCGCGCUUAACCUCCAGCAGCCUCCUUUGGUGUUGCCAUUUAGUAGGUGUACUUGUAGAGGGUGGAGUGGCUCGCAAGGGAGACCCAUCCUCUGACUGCCUUUGGGAAUGAGAGCUCCUGUAGUCCCGAAGAAUCUGGAUAAUUUAGGGCCUUGCACUUGGUGACUUUUGAAGGGCAGAAGCGUCUUUAUGCACCAAAGACUGUUACACACCGUGUGCCUACUAUACACCAGCCAGGUCAGCCCAGGGUGGAGGGUGCUUAGCAAUGAGGACAAAACUUGGACCUGGAACCUUAAGGGGGGGUGGGGGGAGAGGAAGCUCUACUCAUUUCCUAGUGCAUAAUUUUUGCGCAUCACCAAGCCUGGAAAAAGAGACCAUUAGUUUCCAUGACUGUUCUUUACCCUUUAUUUCUAAUCUCAUUUUUCCUCACUCUCCCAGUGCAGACUCUUUUGAAGAAUCCCCCCAGCAAAUAGCAGGCCAGUGUCACCUGGCCAUCUUGUUUCCUGUUUUAGACCCUAUGACAGCUAUUGUACAUUUCCCCACUUCUUAACACGUCCUGAAGAUACGACCUCAUGCCUGUGUUGCUAGGAAGAUCGGUUCCUUCCCCAUGUGUCUUUACAGCCCUCACUUUUGGGGCAAAGGAGAAAGCAAUCCUCCUAUCCAAGUCCACCUUUUCCUCUCAUGUUUUCAUCCCAUUCCUCUUCUACCUUUACUGGGCCUUUGCUCCAUUAGAUAUUUCUCCUUUCCUCUCAUUCCCUCACUUUGCCCAGAAAUUUUUUUCUUAGCAAUACUCAGUCUUCCUUGCUCUGAAACGACGACUCUUGAAGCCUGGAUACUUCAGCUGAACAUCACCUAUAAGGUCAAGUGGUCUUUACUGCCCACACUUCCCAUUUUACUUACUCCCUCACUCUGCAGUCAGGUUAUCACCCUAUACUGGAUUCUUAAGAAACCACCACAAUCUCCCAGUCACCAAAUAUGAUUUAUUUUUAGGCUUCAUUUUGCUUAAUCUUUUUGAUUGCUCAGUGUUUUUUUCCCCUAUUUAUUUUGUUUUUGUUGAAAACAAAAGAUACACCAAUUCAGCAGUUUCUACAUGUACCAUUUAGUGGCAUUGAUUACAUCCUUUGAGUUGUGCGACCAUUCUCACCGUCCUUUUCUGAGUUGUUCCUCCCUCAUUAAUAUAAACUCACUGCCCCCUAAGGUUCUUAUCUAAUCUUUCAAGUUGCUGUUGUCAGUUUGAUUCCAUAUAGAUCUUAAAAGGACAUAAUGCCCAAGGCAGACAUUUUUUAUUAGUUAAGCUAAACUAUUGUUUGCUUUUAAGAAGACUCUGGGAGAUAUUUUUGGCUUAACGUUUAAAUAUUAUCUCAGGGUAGUAGUUUCAGGGGUUCAUCCAGCCUCCAUGGCUCCAGAAAUUCUGGAUUCCAUGAGAAUUUGAAAUUCUGUCCUCUGUUUUUCCCCUUUUGUUCAGGAUUCAUCUAUGGAAUCUUGGAUCAGAAUUUCAGUAAUGGCAGUUGGGCAACAUCCAGUUCUUCUGGUCUCAUGGCAAAGGCGGCAGCUGUUCAUGGAGGCCACUAGCCACACAUUCCAUAUCCUCCUCCUGUUCCUGACUCUCUUUCUUCCACUAUUGCUCCAAGUGAAUAGAGACCUUGUAUGGCCACUUCCAAGCUUUUAAGACCCCAGGCACUAUACAACGAACUAGGAGAUAGAACAGAAGCACUAAACACAUUAUUAGGCCAGUUAACUGGGGUAUCUCAUGAAACCAUGAUCUAUACCUCCAAACCAAGGAACCAAAUCCCAUGAAUUAUUUGGUUGUACAUAAGCAGCCUCAGCAGCUACUCUUUUCUUUUUUUUGUCAUUGUUGUAAAUAUAUCUAACACAACUUUUGCCAGCUGAACUUUUUACAGGUGUAUGACUUCCUGACAGCAAUUACAAUAAUUGGCUGUGCAACCCUACCCUUAGUGUGAUUUUUCUACCACUGUUAGCCCCCUUUUCCCCCUCCCCGCUGCCCCUGGUAACCACUGAUCUCUUUGGUCUCUAUAUAUUUGCCUAAGUGAGGUCAUACAAUCAAUAUUUGUCCUUUUGUGAUUGGUUUACUUUGCUCACCAUAAUGUCUUUAUGCUUCAUUCAUACUGUAGCAUGUAUCAAGACUUCAGUUCUCCUACUAGCUAAGUAGUAUUGCAUUGUAUGUGGGUACCACAUUUUGUUUAUCCAUUCAUCUGUUGAUGGGCAUUUAGGUUGCUUCCACCUUUUGUUAAUUUCUCCCUUCUUGAAAUUUCCUCCCUUGGUUGGUGGAACUUGGUUUUGAUCCAGAAAUUUUCUUUUCCUGAUGUAGGCUGGUUCCCAAUUUCUCCUCAGGCCUCUUUUUUCCAAUUUUUUCUAUAUUGAAAAAUUUCAAACAUCCAGAAAAAGGUGAAAGGCUAGUACAAUGAAUACCCACAUAUACCCUUCACCUAAAUUGACCAACUGUUAACAUUUUGCCAUAUUUACUUUUUCUUCCUUCCACCCCAUAUGUGCAUCUAUUUUUUUCAUAACACAUGACCCUCUAAUAUUCUACAAAAUCACGGUAUAAUUUUCAUACCUAAAAAAAUAUAUAAAUAAUUCCCUAAUAGUCUGUAACAUAGAGUCUUUGAUACAGAAGUCAAAAUUCCCCAGUUGUCCCAAGAAUGUCUUUUUUAUUUUUAAACAAAGUCCAAGCAAGGUUCAUACAUUACUUCUGGUUAUAACUUUUUAGCCUCUUUUACUCUAGCAUAUUGGGCUCAAACAUAGCAGAUGGUGAGGAUGGUGCAGGACCGGACAGUGUUUUGUUCUGCCAUACAUAGGGUCCCCAGGGAGUUGAAACUGACUCAGUGGCACCUAACAACAGUCUAGAACACCCCACUAUUUUUUUUUUAUCCCCAUGACAUUUUUUAAAGAGCCAUGAGCAGCUGUCAUACAGAAUGUUCUAUAUCCUGGAUUUGUCUGGUUGUUUCCUCAGGCCACUUUCUACACUCUUGGCUCGUCUAGUCUGCCAGUGACUCCUAAAUAUCACCAGCCUUGAGUGUUCUCGCAGGUCACAUCCUGCAUGCCAGUCCCCUGCUGCAUGUCUCCACCUCUAUCUGCACAUGUGCCAUGACAAAUGGAAGGGCCAAAUCUGUUCAGUGCCCCAGCCCCCCUAGCCCGAUAACUAAUACUUACUGGCACAAAAUGUACUAGGCACCUGCUACAUACAGACAUAUUAUCUCACUUUGUUCUCACAGCAGCUCCAUGGGGAGGUAUUAAUACCAUGCCCACUUUACAGCUAAGAAAACUGAGAUAGAAAAGGGUAAGUAGCUUGUACAAGAUCACAGAUGGUAAGUAGGGCCAGGAUCCAAAUCCAGUCUACCUCCAGUUGCCACACUCCGAGCUACAGCCUCCUGAGAUCUCUGCUUCCCUUGUUAACUCAGUCACCACAGCUGACACGUGCUUCCUCCUAACUCCAAUUCCAGUUAGUACCAUUGGUGACAUGAACAUUUACUGAGCACCAUGUGCCCGGUGCUGUACUAAAUGCUUUACAAGAAUAAUUACAUGCCACGAAGCCACCCAAUCACAUAGGUGCUAUUAUGCCCAUUUUGUAGAUGAAGAGACAAGCUCUGGGGAGUUGAGUAACAUCUCCACAGCCACAUGACUGCUAAGAGUGGGGUUUUUGAAUCCCAGUUUGACUGAAUCUGAAGCCCCUGUUCUUCUGAAUCUAUUUCUACAAAACACUGUAUCUGUCUUCCUUCUGAUGCCACCUGUCAAGCUCAGGCCCCUUUUAUCAUUCAUCUGGGUCUGAUCUCCCCAUUCUUGUCUUUCCUUAUCACUUAGCCAAAGGACGUGUCCUAAGCCAACACUGAUUUUAUCAAUUACCUGCUCAAAAGCCCUUCAAGAUCACCCAAGCUUUGGCUUUGCAGCCUGACAUUCAAGGGUUCUCCACCACCAUCACCCUGGUGCCAUACAGGCUCUGUGUGCCAGCCAAAUUGGACUCCUGGUUCUUCCUGACAUGCUCUUGUCUUGGCACCUUUGUGCCUCUCUUCAUCUUCCCUCCACUUAGAAAGGCACCCUCAAGCUCAGAGUAGCAAAAAUCCUACCCAUUUUUUGAACACAACAGAGAACCCCUGAGGGAGCAGGAGAGAAGUGGGAUGCAGACCCCAAAUUCUCGUAAGAACCAGACUUAAUGGUCUGACUGAGACUAGAAGGACCCCAGUGGUCAUGACCCCCAGACCUUCUGUUGGCCCAGGACAGGAACCAUUCCCGAAGCCAACUCUUCAAACAUGGAUUGGACUGGGCAAUGGGCUGGAGAGGGAUGCUGGUAAGGAGUGAGCUUCUUGGAUCAGGUGGACACUUGAGAGUAUGUUGGCAUCUCCUGCCUGGAGGGGAGAUGAGAGGGUGGAGGGGGUUAGAAGCUGGCAAAAUGGACAGGAAAAGAGAGAGUGGAGGGAGAGAGUGGGCUGUCUCAUUAGGGGGAGAGUAAUUGGGAGUGUGUAGCAAGGUGUAUAUGGGUUUUUAUGUGAGAGGCUGACUUGAUUUGUAAACUUUCACUUAAAGCACAAUAAAAAUUACACACAAAAAAAAAAAAACCUACCCAUUUUUUAAGACCAAGCCCAAAUUUGACUGCUGCAUAAAGCUCUUUGAUUCCUCCUCAUGCAGAGGUAAUUUCUUACUUCUGUGAACUCUAAUAACACUUGGUAUCUCAUGAUCCUUAAAAUAAGCUUACAGCGGCUGUUUGGGUUCUUGUCUCACCUCAUGAGACCCUGUGCACCCUGGAGUAGAAUGGGAACUUACUCAUCCUUCUGUCUCCCACAGUGCUUUGCAUAUAAUAGAUGCUCAAUAUCUGAGCCCUUGAAAUGACUCAUUAAGAUUUUUUGCAAGCUAGUUUUUCUAUAAUUAUUAAUAUAAUUCUUCAUUUAACAGAAAAAAAUAGCUUAAAACAUUUUUAAAGCUGUUUCAUCAAUAAAGAUUUAACAAAUGUCAGUUCCAACUUGAAUCCAACCAACUUCUUGAGCAUGUCAUUAUCAAGAACGUUAUUAUUAUUUUUUUUUAAUUUUACAAGUAACCCAAAUGUAUUGCCCCAGUCUAGAAAAAACAGGAGAGGGGAAUAAAAUCCCAAAGUCCUGUCUCCUCUGUGUUAACAUUUUAAUUAAUGUUCUUCUUUAGUCUUUUGAAAUUUUUAUUGUCGUUAGGUGCCAUCAAGUUGGUUCCGACUCAUAGCAAACCUACGUACAACAGAACGAAACAAUACCUGGUCCUGUGCCGUCCUCACAAUCGUUGUUAUGCUUGAGCCCAUUAUUGCAAUUACUGUGUCAAUCCAUCUCCUUGAGGGUCCUCCUCUUUUUCACUUACCCUCUACUAUACCAAGCAUGAUGUCCUUCUCCAGGGACUGGUCCCUCCUGACAACGUGUCCAAAGUAUGUGAGACAAAGUCUCACUAUCCUUGCUUCUAAGGAACAUUUCUUGUUAUACUUCUUCCAAGACAAAUUCGUUCAUUCUUUUGGCAGCCUGUGGUAUAUUCAGUUAUUCUUCACCAACACCACAAUUCAAAGGCAUCAAUUCUUCUUCGGUUUUCCUUAUUCAUCGUCUACCUUUCCCAUGCGUAUGAGGCGGCUGAAAAUACCAUGGCUUGGGUCAGGCGCACUUUAGUCUUCAAGGUGACAUCUUUGCUUUGUAACACUUUAAAGAGACCUUUUGCAGCAGAUUUGCCCAGUGCAAUGCGUCGUCUGAUUUCUUGACUGCUGCUUCCAUGGGUGUUGAUUGUGGAGCCAAGUAAAAUGAAAUCUUUGACAACUUCAAAUCUUUUCUCUGUUUAUCAUGAUACAAUUUUUACAUUAUUGUAAACAUAGUAUAAGGUUUUUUUCUAUGUAUUAAAAUUUAGCUUUUCCAUGUGGGUUUAUAUAUUGGUAUAUAAGAUCUAAAUUUGGAUUUCUGGAGGAAAAAAACCUGCAAAUGUUCUUUUUCUGUUUCACCAAUUGUUGUUAGAAACAUUAAAGCACGGAUUUAUUUUCAGCGUCUCAGUCACUCCCCCAGGGAAGAUGGCUGAUGGGACAGGAGUAUCCUAUGGACGGUGGGGGAGAACAGUCAUCCUGAGUGUAAACUGAGUGCUGAUCAUGGGGGUUAAGGGAAGAGAUUUUACUUUCUGUUUUAUGCACUUUUACAUUAUUAUAAUUCUUUAUGCCAAGCACAAAUUACUUGUAUAAAAAAAUAAAGUCGGUUACAUUUUGCAAGUGGGAAAUCUUCAGCAUUGGCAUUCAGCUUUCUUAAUCCAACACAAGGACAAAUAUAAUCCCCACUUCCAGAAAAGCCUAGAAAGUAGUGUAGCCCUUGUCCGGUUCUACGCCAUCAUUUCACAGAUGGGGAAACUGGAAACCAGAGAGUGACUCAUCCAAGGUCAGUCAGGAGAUGACUAUGGCAGGUCACCUGACUCCAGCCUUUCUCACAGAUAUUCUGGCUCUUUGGCCUUGUGGACUUCUGCUUGUACACCUGGCAAAGCACAAGGUCUACCGGGACCAGUCCGCUAGGCUGGAAUCUGAAGUCAACUAAGCAGUGGGAUUCAGCAGUGUAGAGGUCCAUUCAGGGGUCUGAAUCUGGCUACUCUGGCUGUGGCACAGUUUGCUCACAGCGGGUUGUCAGUGCCAACUGGUGACACGGAUGACGAGCCUAGCUUACGUCAGCAGGGCUUCCCUUAGUUAUGUGACUGGGCUUUCUGAUAGAACCACCCUGGUGUUGCCUUGAUAGCAAUGGCCACAGUGGCAAGGUGGAUGGCUGGAAUUGGGAUACAGACUAUGCCUUGGAAUUUAACUGCUUUGCUCCUGCCGUCACGUAAUGGGAUUGUUCGCUUCUUUAGGUUGAAAUUUGGCAGGGAGGAGGGAGUGUGGGGAAAAAAGGGCAAAAACAACCAAACUUGAAAUGGCUAGGGUCCUUUAAGCACCUAAGUUGUCAUCCUUGGAGGCUAAAGAGAGAGGUUUGGUUUGAGUGGGAGCUCAGAAGCAGCCCCAAGGACCUGAGAGAGCAGGUUCCUUGGGAGGAUUCCUGAGAGCUGCUGCAAACAAGCCACGAAGGUUUGCCAAAUGAUUAUUGUUCACAAUAAAAGUAUUUUUUUUAAUGAAACAUGAAUUUCAUACCUAAUUUGCCAAAUGAGCAAAUUUGCCAAAUGAGCUGUUUUAGUCAAAAUUCAGUAUGACUUGUGACUAUAAAGUAUUCUGACAAAUCUUACGAGCAAAUAUAUCAGAAUGUAUCCAUCAGGGAGUACUUUUCCCUUCAAGGUUAGUCACCUUGGAAGACUAGUUAUUCCAGAAAGGCUUCCAUGCUUCAAACAUUUCUGGAACUCCUUUCAGAGUUG